AUGCUCCUCCUCGUUCUCCUGGCUCAGGCCCUGGCCAACGAGCUGCUGCCCUCCACCAAGGGCCACGGCAUGGGCUGGGGCUGGGCGGUCUGGACCUUUGGGUUCGCAUUCCUGCCGCCCCUGCAGAUCUUCCAGCUCAUCAGCGCGAAAUUGAACCCCGCCAUGUGCCUCGCGCAAGCCAUCUGGGGGAACAUCACGUGGGUCGACUUUGUGGUGCUGUCACUGGCAGAGGUGGCGGGCGCUUUCGUCGGCGCCGUGCUGCACUGGCUGCACUUCUACCCCCACUGGCGCACCCUGCCCGAGCCGCCCGCGGAGCACAGCUCAGAGCGCCUGCUGCGGCGGCGCGACGUGGCGGCGGACAACGCGCUGCGCUUCGCGGGUUACACCACGCGCCGCGACCGCGUGGUGCGCGCCAGGAACCCGCUGUCUGACCUGCGCUACCGCCUGACCGGCGCAGUCGGGGCGUCCCCCCAGGGUGAGGAGCGCAGCGCCCAGGACCUGCUGCACGAGUACUACCACGACAGGGACCCAGUGCACCGCGCCGCCAGCCUCACGGGCGCCCAACCCCUGGCGCGGGACAUGCAGCCCCUCGCACGCCGCACCCUGCAAGUCGCAGACCUGCAGCGCCACCUGGCAGCCAAGCACGUGGAGGGCGUCCUGCGCCACCGCACCUGCCCCUCCUGCGCCGACACCAAGGGGGCGCCCACUGGCGGCAACGGCGACGCGGCGGCGGCCGCCCCCCACGACCAGGCGGAGGGUGAUGUCAGCAUCGCAGUGCCUCAGGGUGAGGGCGGCAGCAAAUACGUGGACGAAGAGAAGAAGAGGGCACUGGCCCUCUACGAGGCGGCCCUGGUCGCAGACAGGAACCUGAAGCUCUCCAUCUUCGCCACGCGCCCCGCCAUCAACGCGCCGCUGUUCAACCUGCUGACUGAAACCAUGGGGACCACCGCCCUCAUCCUCAUAGCCCUGCUCAUAGAGCUGCAGGCCCGCCGCCUGCCGUCGGGCGCGUUCCGCCAGGCGUACGUUGUGGGGCUGCAGCCGCUGCUGAUCACCUUCUCCAUCGUGAUGCUCAUCUCUGGCCUCGGCGGCCCCACCACCUACGCGGCAAACCCUGCGCGCGACUUUGGGCCCCGCCUGGCCCAUUUCCUGCUGCCCAUCCCGAACAAGGGGUCAUCUGAAUGGGUGUAUUCGUGGGUUCCUAUUGUCGGGCCGCUCAUCGGCGGUGCGAUCGCGGGUGGCCUGUACAUCGCCAUCGAGGACAUGACCUUCCCGGGCAACGGCGUGUUUGCGUGA